AUGAAUUGGACAGGAGGGCGCCUGCAAAGGCAUUCUGGAAAAUCUUCUCGGGGCGGCGGCGGUGGUGCCUUGACCAAACGACAAAAGGAACACUUCGCAAAUGUGAAGGCCAGCUUGAGAACCGGAAGUCAAAAGUACGUUACUACUAAAUGGACAAUCUUCGACAAUAUCGUCGUGGGACAACCCCACAGACAAUCGUUUGGGGAUCAUAUUGCUUCUGUGGGCAAUUCUGAUUAUUGUGCAAGACAAGAAAGAGGGGGAAAUGAAGUUCAACGAGAACCUUUUACUGAUCUCUACAAAUACAAUGAUCCCACAUCCACUCCGCUGUUUAGGGAGCUUCAAGAUAAGCAGAAAAACAAUCGUUCUUCGUCAGUUGAAUUCGUCCAAAGAAGUUCCACUGCCGACGACGAUUUAUACAACGCUACACCUCCACCAUUGAGAAUAAAGCGCGAGCAUGCUGCAUCGUCAGAGCUUACAGGUGCUUCGCAAAACUACGAGGCGCAAGAAUCAAUAGAACAAUCCAUGGAAGAAAGGAGACGAAGAUUAUUGAACAAGAAAGACUGGGUUGGCCUAAAUACUCAUCAUUUGCCUAGAUUGAAGUUCAACCAACCAAGACACGAUGAAGAUAUUGGGCGAAGAAGAAAGGUAAAGGGUGGACAUAGAGCACGAUAUUCUAAAUAUCAGACAAGAAUCAGCUCGCCAUUUGCCGCAAGAAACACUCAAAUGUGGGAGCAACAACAAGCGGGUUACAUGGAAGAAAGACUACCAAAAAAUGACGUUAGGAUUUCGAUUGGUGGCAGAAGUGUUCCGCCAGGCAUAAGUUCGAGUUCCCGGCCGACAAAAGUGAUCCGCCAAUCUACGCCGCGCACGAAACACCGAAUCUCGUCAUCGGAUGAUAUGUUGCUUGACGAUGAGUAUAUUGUGGAGGAUCAGGAAGAAUUGAAUAGUGAUAGGUUUCUUUCUAUUUUUGAGACAGAAAUACAUGGCAAUGGAGAGGACGACGAUUCGGCAAGGAUAAUUCCAUCGAGCACAGGCCCUUAUAACCACAGUACGCAUAGAAACCAAGAGAAGGGUGCAAAUACAAGACGUCAACCGCUCCCUAAUAUAGUCAACAAAAAUGGAUUUACAAAUGAUUUUGUGGGUGAAGCAUCACCAUUUUCUUGCACAGCCGUCAGAUCAAUCUGCGAUAUCAGGAUGAAACAACCAGUGCCCAUUCGUCCGGCACAGCAUCCAGUUCUCCGCUUAAACUCGCCUAAAUGUAAUAGUAGUGUGCUUGGACAGGUCGGGGGCUUGAGAAGUGUGGUUUCCCAAGAUCAAUUGAUGGACAACGAGAUGUGGAAGGCAUGGAUACCACCAACCACAGAGGGCACCGAGCACAGGAAUUAUGAUGAAGAAGAGGACGAGGGGGAAUAUUUGAAAGAUAGGAGUGUAUCGAUAAGCCCGGGAAUAAGUGCCAUUCCAGCCUUACGUGAGAAGAUCUUUAGCAGCUCAAGAUCCAAUGACGAGGAUUCUGCUGAAAAAUAUGAGCAUACAGAGUCUUGGCCCGGCUGUGAAAGCUCGAUAAUACAGGAGCAGUCUACAGCAGUAUAUAACGGAGAUUUAUUUCCUUCGGACGAAGUGGGAAAUAUUUCGUACAACGGUCACAGCUCAGAUGUCUAUGAUCACCCUUUCUCGUCUGAUAGAUAUGAGCUUGGAAAUGAGAGAGAGGCAUCAUCGACAUCCAUACAAUAUACAAGUGAGGACCAUAUCAUGAUAGAACCACAAGACACUCAAUCGUCGCAGAGAACAUCUUCAAGUGUUCCAUGGGACCCCCCUAGAAGCUCAAGUCCUUACAUAAACAGACCCUCUCAGAGCAAUAUUCUCGAUAAUCCUUGGUCCAUAGCUCCCACUGUUCAGCAACUGCCUAUUCCUACCAGACAGACCACGGAGCUUGAGGAAACCGCACCACAGCACGAUCAAGUCACACUGCCAGAUCAAACUUCCAGCAAGGUAAAGGAUUGUCCGACCGAAAAUAUGCAAAAGAAAGCAGACCCAAACGAACUAUGGAUGAAGUUUGUUUUUGAUGAUGCUAGUGAAGAGGAGGAUACUGUACCGGAAAAGACUACAUCCACAGGAUAUGAGCUGGAGAAAAUGGAACCUUCGCCAUCUUUUUCCACCUUUGUGCACAAUUCAGUUGAUUCUGAACGUCCAUUGCGGCCUAGAUAUGUUGCGCAAGCAAGCAAUUGUAUCACUUGGCAAGAUCCACAGCAACGAAACGACAGCGUGUCUAGGAACGAAUUUGGCCAGUCGUCCAAUUAUUCAACGUUUGCUUAUUAUUCCAGUAGCAACUACGACCCUGUGGGAGCGGCUACCCGAAAUAAGAGUACUCCAUAUCCAUCUGAAAGAAAAUACCAUCAAACCAGUAGAGAUUCGGGUUCAAACAACCGUGCUCCGGAGUCGGGAGUAAAUUUUACAAACCCCAGGGUCUCAAAUACCAGUAAUUCCUCAUCUCCAAAGACGGACUCACUUUCCAUGAUGGCUGUCUCAGGCUACCAGAUCAAUACAUCAACAACAACAAAAACAACGACUCAAAGGUCUUUCCUCGAGCCCCAUCGCAAAAUUUUGUUCACAAAACCUCAGCCAUUUAUUGGAUCGAAAUCGGAUAUAAACUCCUCAUCUCCUGAUAAAACUAUACGUAUUGGCGGAAGAGAUAACAACAAACAAAUGAGCAGUGAUAGUGGUGCAACGUUCCAGAAGAGAUAG